CAUCACACCACACCACACUGAGAGAAAUCUAAAAAAACAAAAACAGAGAGAGAAUAAAAAAAAAAAAAAAGAUGAUCGGAGAACUUGUGGAUCUGUUCACCGGCGGCGGAAACGAGACGACGGCGAAGAAGGUGAAAGGAACGGUGGUUCUGAUAAAAAAGAACGUCCUCGAUUUCAACGAUUUCAACGCUUCGUUUCUCGAUCGUCUCCAUGAGUUCCUUAAUAACAAAAUCACUCUUCGUCUCAUCAGCUCCGAUGUUACCGACUCUGCAAACGGUUCUAAGGGGAAGCUAGGCAAGGCAGCUCAUUUAGAGGAUUGGAUCACAACAAUCACAUCUUUAACCGCAGGCGAAUCAGCCUUUAAGGUCACGUUCGAUUACGACAGCGAUUUUGGUUACCCUGGAGCUUUCUUGAUUAGAAACAGCCAUUUCAGUGAGUUCUUUCUCAAAAGUCUCACACUUGAAGACGUUCCAGGCCAUGGCAGAGUCCAUUACAUCUGCAAUUCUUGGAUUUACCCUUCUAAACACUACACUAAAGACCGCGUUUUCUUCUCCAACAAGACUUAUCUUCCACACGAAACACCUGCAACGCUGCUUAAGUAUAGAGAAGAAGAGCUACUGGAUUUGAGAGGAACAGGUGAAGGAGAGUUGAAGGAAUGGGACAGAGUAUAUGACUAUGCUUACUACAAUGACUUAGGUGUACCGCCAAAUAACCCGCGGCCUGUACUUGGAGGGACACAGGAGUAUCCUUACCCAAGAAGAGGAAGAACCGGGCGGAAACCGACUAAAGAAGAUCCUAAAACCGAGAGCAGGUUACCGGUUACAUCAAGCUUAGAUAUAUAUGUUCCGCGAGAUGAGAGAUUUGGACACUUGAAGAUGUCUGAUUUCCUUGCUUAUGCUCUGAAAGCUAUUGCUCAGUUUAUUCAGCCUGCACUUGAGGCUGUGUUUGAUGAUACUCCUAAGGAGUUUGAUUCUUUCGAAGAUGUUCUUAAGAUCUACGAAGAAGGAAUCGAUUUACCAAACCAGGCUUUGAUUGAUAGUAUCGUUAAGAAUAUACCGCUUGAGAUGUUAAGAGAGAUAUUCAGAACAGAUGGCCAGAAGUUCCUUAAGUAUCCAGUCCCUCAGGUCAUCAAAGAGGACAAAACUGCAUGGAGAACUGAUGAGGAAUUUGCUAGAGAAAUGUUGGCUGGGCUAAACCCUGUUGUUAUUCAACUUCUUCAGGAGUUCCCUCCAAAGAGCAAGCUUGAGAGUGAAUUAUAUGGUAACCAGAAUAGUACAAUCACCAAAAGCCACAUAGAACAUAACUUAGAUGGGCUCACUGUUGAAGAGGCUCUGGAGAAGGAGAGGUUGUUCAUAUUAGACCAUCAUGACACACUGAUGCCAUACUUGGGACGUAUAAACACUACCACGACCAAGACUUACGCGUCUAGGACAGUUCUGUUUCUGAAAGAUGAUGGGACCUUGAAGCCAUUGGUGAUAGAGCUGAGCUUGCCUCAUCCUGAUGGAGACAAAUUUGGAGCAGUAAGUGAAGUAUAUACGCCUGGUGAAGGGGUCUACGACUCGCUGUGGCAAUUGGCAAAGGCUUUCGUUGGCGUAAAUGACUCUGGAAAUCAUCAGCUUAUUAGCCACUGGACGCAAACACACGCAUCGAUUGAACCUUUUGUGAUUGCCACGAACCGACAGCUAAGUGUUCUCCACCCGGUUUUUAAGCUUCUUGAACCUCACUUCCGUGAUACGAUGAACAUUAACGCGCUUGCAAGGCAAAUCUUGAUCAAUGGUGGAGGUAUCUUUGAGAUCACUGUGUUCCCUUCUAAAUAUGCAAUGGAGAUGUCAUCUUUCAUCUACAAACACCACUGGACCUUCCCUGAUCAAGCUUUGCCUGCAGAACUAAAAAAGAGAGGUAUGGCAGUUGAGGAUCCAGAAGCACCACAUGGAUUACGUCUAAGGAUAAAAGACUAUCCUUAUGCAGUUGAUGGGCUUGAGGUUUGGUAUGCUAUAGAAUCAUGGGUCAGAGACUACAUUAACGUGUACUACAAGAAAGAUGAGGAUAUCCAAAACGACACUGAGCUCCAAGCUUGGUGGAAGGAGGUGCGAGAGGAAGGUCAUGGAGACAAGAAUUCAGAACCAUGGUGGCCUAAAAUGCAAAACCGCGAAGAGCUUAUCGAGUCUUGCACCAUAAUCAUAUGGGUGGCUUCUGCUCUUCAUGCUGCAGUUAACUUCGGACAGUAUCCAAUAGCAGGAUACCUCCCAAACCGACCAACCAUAAGCCGACAGUUCAUACCAAAACAAAACACUCCAGAGUUUGAAGAACUUGAGAAGAACCCUGACAAAGUGUUUUUAAAGACAAUAACAGCUCAGCUUCAAACACUUCUUGGGAUAUCUUUGAUUGAGAUUCUAUCUACUCAUUCGAGCGAUGAAGUGUAUUUGGGACAGAGAGAUUCUAAAGAAUGGGCAGCUGAGAAAGAGGCUUUGGAUGCGUUUGAGAAGUUUGGUGAGAAAGUGAAAGAGAUUGAGAAGAACAUUGAUGAGAGGAACGAUGAUAAGAGUCUCAAGAACAGAACAGGUCUAGUUAAGAUGCCUUACACUUUAUUGUUUCCGACCAGUGAAGGGGGAGUUACUGGUAGAGGAAUACCAAACAGUGUCUCCAUAUAAAACAGGUCUCAUCACAGUCAUGUUGUGUUAUACCUUUGUUUACUUGUUCUACACGUUUAAUCGUUUAUUCUUGUUAUUAAUUGGUGUGACCUAUAUAUAUCAGAAUAAAAGUGCUUAUCUCAUAUGACAUAUCUAUGAGAUAAACAUGUGGUAAUUAAAGAGGGGUGUAUUCAAAAAUGGAAUUUUAAGAGAUUUGAGUUUUAUUGAGUUUUUAAAUGA